GGAGGCAGAGAGUACGGACUUCCGGCUAGUGACUCGUGCAAGAGUGAGCUGCCGGCGGAGUGUGACAGCUUAGCGUGGGCUUUCCAGAAGCGGUUGACAGAUUCUUUACCCAGCAGAACGUUCGCUCAGACGGGCAGCUGUUCCUGAGUGAAUAACUAUAGAAAAUAGAGCCAUCAUGUUGACAAAAUUAAGGAAAUUAAUAAUGAAUCAACAGAAAGUAUCCAGUUUGCAUAUAAAUCACAUGUAUUCCUAUAGAACAACAGUGAUUUUAAAGGGAUUAAUAUCACAAGUUUUUCUUAGAAGAAAUUAUAGUUCCUUACCAGAAAAUGAUGUCAAAUCUUUACGUUCAAUCAUCAACCCUUCUAUAUCUAAAAUUCGUAACAUUGGAAUUAUGGCUCAUAUUGAUGCAGGCAAAACUACAACCACAGAGAGAAUAUUGUACUAUUCUGGAUACAUCAGGUCUUUGGGAGAUGUUGAUGAUGGGGACACAGUGACGGAUUUUAUGGCCCAAGAGCGAGAAAGAGGCAUUACCAUUCAAUCAGCUGCUGUUACAUUUGACUGGAAGGGAUAUAGAGUUAAUCUCAUUGAUACACCAGGUCACGUGGACUUUACUUUAGAAGUUGAGCGUUGUCUAAGAGUAUUGGAUGGUGCAGUAGCUGUAUUUGAUGCUUCAGCAGGUGUAGAGGCCCAGACUCUGACAGUAUGGAGACAAGCUGAUAAACACUGUGUGCCCCGAAUAUGUUUUUUAAAUAAGAUGGACAAAACUGGAGCUAGUUUUAACUACACUGUUGAUAGCAUCAGAGAGAAACUGAAGACAAAACCUUUACUUUUGCAGUUGCCUAUUGGUGAAGCAAAAUCUUUCAAAGGACUAGUUGAUAUUGUGACUAUGGAAAAAGUUAUGUGGAGCACUCAUACAUCUAAUCAUGAUGAUGGAAAACAUUUUGUGAGAGAACCCCUUACAGAAUUGAAUGAUCCUGAAUUGCUAAAGGAGGCAAAGGAAGCAAGAAAUACCUUAAUUGAACAAAUUGCAGAUCUGGAUGAUGAGUUUGCUGACCUUGUUUUAGGAGAGUUUAUUGAAAAUUUUGAUUUGUUACCCCCUGAAAAGUUAUACCCUGCAAUACGUAAAGUAACUGUGGCUCAGAGAGCUGUUCCUGUGCUCUGUGGAAGUGCCUUGAAGAAUAAAGGGAUACAACCCUUAUUAGAUGCUGUUACUAUGUAUCUGCCUUCUCCUGAUGAGCGCAGUAAUGAAUUUCUGCAGUGGUAUAAAGAUGACUUGUGUGCCUUGGCAUUUAAAGUUCUUCAUGACAAACAGCGUGGACCUUUAGUUUUCAUGCGCAUUUAUUCUGGUACAAUGAAACCACAGUCAGCCGUCCAUAACAUUAACGGGAACUGCACAGAGAGAAUAAGUCGCUUAUUGUUGCCUUUUGCUGACCAGCAUAUAGAAAUUCCUUCUCUCACAGCAGGCAAUAUUGCCCUAACUGUUGGACUUAAACAGACUUCCACUGGUGAUACCAUUGUUUCAUCCAAGUCUUCAGCAUUGGCUGCAGCCCGACGAGCUAGAAGGAAUGAAGGAAAGAUGCACAAACAUAACAUGGAACCUGGGAGUCUUUUAUUGGCAGGGGUAGAGAUUCCAGAACCUGUCUUCUUUUGCACAAUAGAGCCACCUUCAAUAGCCAAACAGCCAGAACUGGAUCGAGCGUUGAACUGCCUUCAGCGUGAAGAUCCUAGUUUAAAGGUGCGAUUAGAUCCUGACUCUGGACAAACUAUUCUCUGUGGCAUGGGGGAGCUACAUAUUGAGAUCAUUAAUGACCGCAUCAAGAGAGAAUAUGGUGUUGAGACCUUCCUUGGUCCUCUACAAAUAGCAUAUAGAGAAACCAUUCUAAACUCAGCCCAUGCCACAGAUACAUUGGAUAGAACAUUAGGAGAAAAAAGACAUUUAGUGACUGUGGAUGUGGAAGUGAGGCCAUGUGCAAGAGAAAAAUCAGAAGUAGUCCCUGUUAUUGAAUAUGCUGAAAAUAUUAGGGAGGAGCUUCUGCAAGAGUUUCAAGAGGCCAUUGAAAAUGGAAUUCGUAAUGCAUACCUGCAAGGACCAUUGCUUGGAUUCCCAAUUCAGGAUGUUGCAGUUACUCUGUGUUCAUUGACACUUCACCCUGGCACCUCUACAACAAUGGUUUCUGCCUGUGUCUCCCGUUGUGUUCAAAAGGCUCUAAAGAAAGCUGACAAGCAAGUUCUGGAACCCUUUAUGAACCUCGAAGUUACAGUAACUGGAGACUAUCUCAGUUCUGUCCUAGCUGAUCUUGCUCAGAGAAGAGGCAGCAUUCAAGAAAUUCAGAGUCGUCAGGAUAACAGAGUUGUUGUUGGAUCAGUUCCCUUAGCUGAAAUGAUGGGUUAUUCAACUGUGCUCCGAACUUUAUCAUCUGGCACAGCAACUUUUGCACUAGAGCUGUCUAAUUACCAAGCUAUGAACCUUCAGGACCAAAAUGCUUUGCUUAAUCGAAGAAGUGGACUGGCCUGAUUACUUUUAUUACAUGGAAAUGAAAAGACUGAGAAAUACAGUAUCUCACUUAAGUUUCUUCAUUGUAUGAAGAUCCACAUUAAUGACUUUUCCUGAGAAGGGAGUUACUAAUUUUCACUUAUGACUUGAAACAAACGCUGUCAUGCUAACUCUAUCAGACUUUGGCUACUGGAGUCCUACUAGUUGUUGAUGAUCAUUUAAAUUGUUUUAAAUAGCCUGACCUAAGGGAACUACUCCUCAAAAGGUAAGUGUUCAAAGUCUAUGAACUGUUUUCAAAGGAAGAAUUACCAACUGUUGCUCCAAUUCACUAAUAAGAAAAAAGGCAAGUUUGAGUAAAUUUGAAAUUUCAGCUCAUGCCUUAAAAAUUUGCACAUAUCUCAGUCCAUUUUGGAGGGACAUCAUAUUAAUAUACUGAGAAUCACAUUAAUACACUGUUGAUAAAGCUGUGAAUUGCUUCAACCAUUUUGAAAAACAAUAGGAAAUUAUGUAAGAAAAGUGGUUAAACUAUUCAUCACUUUGAUGUAUUUAUCCCACUCAUGGUAUAGCAUGAAUACUAUGUGUAGGAAACAGAAUUCUUGUAACAAAAACCUGUAAACAAAGUAGGUGUCCAUUGAUGUGAAAUGACUGAACAGUGGGAUGAAAAUGAAAUAGAAGAAAUGGCUAGUGUGAAGAACAUGAAGACACGUGGGAAGAUUUAAAUGAACUAAUGUAGAGGGUGAAAUUAGAAACAAUGGAGUGAAUGCAUCUAUAAAUGGAAAAAUUACUAAGGUCAGGUAGUCAUUGGAAAACAGAUAAUGAAAUCUCCCUCCCUCUCUUGUCCUCCCAGCUGAGGCAAGAGUCUAAAUAUGCAGGGUUUUUUUUUUUCCCUAAAUAGUAUUUUAUUUUUCAAAUACAUGUAAAAAUAGUUUUCAACAUUAAUUUUUUUUUUAAGAUUUUGUAUUCCAAAUUUUUUCUCCAUUCUUUACUUCUUCCCUCCCCAAGACAGCAAGCAAUUUGGUAUAGAUUAUAUAUGUAUGAUUUUUUUAAAAGCUUUUUAUUUUCAAAACAUACACGGAUAAUCUUUCAACAUUGACCCUUGCAUAGUCUUGUUUCAGAUUUUCCCCUCCUUCCUGUGACCUUCUCCCCUAAAUGGCAAGCAAUCCAAUAUAUGUUAUACAUGUUGAAAUAUACGGUAAAUCUAAUAUGUGUAAACAUAUUUAUACAAUUCUCUGGUAUAAGAAAAAUCAAGAUCAAAAAGGAAAGAAAAUAAGUAAGAAAACAAAAUGCAGGUGAACAACAACAAAAGAGUGAGAAUGUUUUAUUGUGAUCCACAUUCAGUUCCCGUAGUCCUCUCUCUGGGUGUAAAUGGCUCUCUUCAUCCCAAGAUCAUUGAAACUGACAUCAAUCAUCUCAUUGUUGGAAAGCAUCCUGUUCAUCAGAAUUGAUCGUUGUAUAAUAUUGAUGUUGCCGUGAUGCACGAUGUUUUUAAACAUAUUUCAGUAUUUGUCAUGUUGUACAAGCAAAAUCAGGCCAAAAGGGAAAAACCAUGAGAAAGAAAAAGCCAACAAACAAACAAAAAGUUUGAAAAUCACACAUUUUGAUCCAUAUUCAGUCUUCAUAGCUUUUUCUCUGGAAGCAGAUGGCAUUUUCCAAAUGGAGACUGUUGGAAUUGUCUUGGACUGCAUUUUGGUAUAGGAUGUAAGAUGAUGUUCUGUGCCAAACUAUUUUCCAAUUUUGCCCAAUAAUUUUUGUCAAAUAGUGAGUUCUUAUCCCAGAAUCUGGAGUCUUUGGGUUUAUCAAGAAGUAGAUUAGAUUAUUAUAGUAAAUGAUGAUUGUGUCUUGUGUACCUAACCUGGAUCACUGAUCCACGACUCUUAUGUCUUAGUAAAUGCCAAACAGUUUUGAUGACUGUUGCUUUACAAUAUCAUUUUAGGUCUGGUAUGGCUUCAUCUUCCUUUGCAUUUUUUUUCCAUUAAUUCCCUUGAUAUUGCUGAUCUUUUGUCUCUCCAGAUGAAUUUUAUUAUUCUUUCAAGAUUUAUAAUGUAAUUUAUUUUGGCAUUUUGGUAAGGCACUGAAUAAGUAGAUUAAUUUAAAUAUAAUUGUCAUUGAAAUUAUAUUAGCUCAGCCUAUCCAUAAACAAUUGACAUUUUUUCCAGUUGUUUAAAUCUGAUUUUAUAUGUGUGAAAAGUGUUUUGCAAUAGUGUUAAUAUAGAUCCUGGGUUUGUCUUGGCAGGUGGAUUCCAAAAUAUUUUAUAUUGUCUCCAGUUAUUUUAAAUGGGAUUUGUCUAUCUCUUGCUGCUGGGUUUUGCUGGUAACAUAUAGAAAUGCUGAUGCUUUAGCUUAUAUCCUGCAGCAUUGCUAAAGUUAAGUGUUUCAAGAAAUUUUUUAGUUAGAAUUUAGUUUAGAAUCUCUAAGAUUCUCUAAAUAUACCAUCGUACUACUUGCAAAGAGUGAUGGUUUUGUUAUCUUAUUGCCUAUUCUAAUUUCAUUAGUUUCCAAAAGGACGGAUUGUUGCAUUCAGUUAUGUUCAUCACAUUUGGUAUUCUUGUUUCCCUGUUUUUGUUAUAAGGGAAGGUUCAGUUCCAAGAAUCCAUGAAUGAAAGUGAUCAAGAAAUUGUACAAUAAAAAAAAGUUUUUUAAGGAAUCCACCUGCUCUUUCACAUUUAAAAAAAAAAAAAUUCCUUUAGAGUAGGCAAUGAGGAAACCAAACUAUCACUCUUUGCAGAUGAUAUGAUGGUAUACCUAGAAAACCCCAGAGAUUCUACUAAAAAGCUAUUAGAAAUAAUUCAUAAUUUUAGCAAAGUAGCAGGAUACAAAAUAAAUCCCCAUAAAUCCUCAGCAUUCUUAUACACCACCAAC